UCUGAUCGAGAAAUUGUGUUUUUCUUUUCCAAAUUUUAUAACAUUUAUUCCUUCUCUAUUGUUAUGGUUAACAAGACAAAAAAUAAGUAUUUCGUUCAUAUUUCAAAAUCAUUGGCUAUUUGUAUGAAGAAAGAUGGCAGAAAAAUUAGAAUCUCAACAAAACCUUUUCGACCAUACACCUAUUAAGGCCCUUGAUGUAACUCCAAUAGACUUGUCCCCAGCUGGAACAGUGGUAAGACCUUUUCGACCAUAUACCUAUUAAGGCCUCUGAUGUAACUCCAAUAGACUGGUUCCCAGCUGGAACAACGGUCAACGAUCUUAAAGAGUUAGAGUUUCCUGCUGUGACAGUCUGUAGUCUCCACAUUCUUAACACAUCUCUUAUUACAGAAGAAGAUGCCGACGACGUACCGGAAGGCUUAGGCGGUCUUCUUAAGAUGAAGAGCACGAAAAACACUUCCGAUCAAGAUGUAUUACGAAAACGUAAAAAGCGAAGCCUGGAUACACUGAAAAUUUCCACGCCUCUACCAGCUUUAGAGGAAGUCGUUCAGGCAACUGUACAAACAAGUUUGAAGACCCAAGCCGAAAAGCUGGUUGAUGACAUUCUCCAAGUUACUACUGCUCUUCCUUCAUUACUUCAGCAAACUUUGGUUAAAGAAGAAGUUACCAAGACUUUGGCAAAUAAAGUAGUUAGUAGCAUUACAGAAACGUUAAAGAAAGUAAUCUUAAAGACCCUAUACAAGGAACCACCUCGCUUCCACUAUUACAUCAAAAGACAAAUACUUCUGAGGGAUUAGUAGAGAACGUUGCUAUUGGCUCUUUAAAUACACAGAUGAUGACUAAGAAACUAUUAGAACCUGUUACUGAGGCCAUAGGGCUUGAACUGACCACUCACUUGAAACAAAUAUUGGAAAAUACAGUAACAAAAAGCUUAAUCAAAGAUAUACCUUUCACAACAUCGAACAUAGAUUUAUUGAAAGAGUCCAUGCUAAACAAAACACUAUCUCCAACCAAUAUGUUAGACAUUGAUGAACCAAUGUCUUUCACAGAGGGACUUGUAGAGGAGAAUUCAAUUGUAAAAAACCAGUCAUUAAAUGUGUUUACUAAGGCGGCCGCCUUUACAAAUGUUUUAGAUGAAAUAGAAAACAAAAUCCAAAUUACUGAUCCUAUAGUAAACGGCGUUACCAAUAACGUCAUUAGUUCAGCUGCCUUAUUGGGAGACACAGUAAACAGUCUCCAACAAGCUACAAAAGACCUGACAGGUGAUAUCACAAGCUCUCUUCAGGAAGUAGUUGACAAAACAAGUCAAAUAACUGAUUCUAUAGUAGAUAAAGCUACAGAUCAGGUGAUUAAUAGUUCAGAUUCUUUACUUAAAAACACAUUAAACAGUCUCCAACAAGCCACAAAUGAUCUGACAGGUGAUAUCACAAGCUCUCUUCAGGAUCCCACAAAGCUUUUAUCUGGAGAUUCUCUCAUUUCUAACGUUCUAGAUGUACUAGAUGCAAACUUAAUCAGCAACAUCAUUCUCGACUUGACCACUCAGGUGGUGAAUAAUGUUGUCUCCCCACUUAACAAGAGUCUUGUUGGAGUUGUCAACCAAGUUACUGACCAAAUCUUAAAAGAUGUGAUAUCGCAGAUAAGCAAUCUUCCCGAAACACUGUCAACUCGUCUUUUGGAAGAUGUUACUAAGUUAGAUCUCACUGGCAAUAUCCUACAGAUAAACGACAUCCUUGGUAAGCUUCAAGACACUUUAGAAAAUACCGUUCUUUCUAAAGUGCUGGAUCUGACAGGGUUGAAUCUAAAGAACUUAGUGUCUAGUGUCUUGGAACUUGUUCCUAAUUUACUGAAUACACUAGUCAAUGACAGACUAUCCCGAAAUGAUUUCAAAAAGUAUGGAAUUCGCGCACAGGAUUUUAUCAGAGGCUGUUUAAUUGAUCAAAAGGUGUGCUCCUACAGAAACUUUUCGGUAUGGCAAAACGAACAGUAUGGGAAUUGUUUCACAUUCAACGAUUAUAGUAACAAAGAUCAAAACUUUAUCAAAAAAAUUUCCAAUAAAUUUGGAUCUGUGUACGGACUUCGCUUGUUACUGAAGAUUUCGAACAGACAAGAAAAUGUGCCUUUCUACUCUCCCCAAAGUGGUGUUCGUGUUGUAGUCCAUUCUCCAUCAGAAAUCGCUUUUCCCGAGGAUUCAGGAGUUGACAUUCCUCCACGAAUGACAGGCACCAUAUCUGUUGAGAAGAGAGAAAUUCACCGGCUGGAACGACCCCAUGGAAUUUGCUCUUACGAAUCUGACGUUGAAGGCUGGAAAUUGGUGGCAGAUAAAUUUAAUUAUUCUAAGAGUGCAUGCUUGAAGGCGUGUAGAACGAAGCAAAUCCUCACCAACUGCAAUUGCGCAUUGAGCAUGCGCCUGGCAGAAUUUAUGGAUCAAGAUGCCGAAAUGUGUCCGGUAGGAGAAGUGGACAAAUGCGUGAACAAUCAGCUCGUUUCAGAAAACUGCACGUGCGAUCCAGGAUGCCGAGAGCAUCAAUACAAAACGACUGCAGCAUACAGCUUAAUGAAUGAAGACCACUUGUGUGUUGGUGACCUCAUGGGAAUCUUAGGAACAGAUAGUGAAGGAGGAUUGUGUGGGGAAAACACGUAAGUACCUGU